AUGAAAUACCCUCGGGUUGUCCUUUGCUUAGCUGGAGUUAUAUUUAAACGCGAAGACUUCAAACAAUUUACGCAAAACGCACUCCAACUCUUCUCAAAAGUCUGCUACUCCCUCAACUUCGCAGAGUGGAAACGGUGGGCGAACAACGCCUUCGCAAAACAAAUAAGAGAGGGCCGGCAGUUGGAGGGGCUGCGUCUUCGUUUGUCUCAGUUCGUGCAGAAUGAUAUUCUUCUAAGCGGCGAGGGUUUGCUGCCUUUGUUUGCAGACUCAGCUUUAGUUUCCUUCCCGGUGCGCAGUUAA